AUGAAAGAAUUCAAAGUUGAACGAACGCUUGGCACAAAUGUCCAAGUAGUCCGCUUUACUGCGGACGGUCGAUAUUGUUUGACCGGAGAACGUCAAUCUGUAACAUUGUGGAAUCCGUUCAAGAGUUUGGACGAUAAUGAUGAGGGUGACGCCUUGCUGAUUCAAACCUACAAAUUGGGAAUCACGCAUCCAGUGACAUCUAUAACGACUACAGUAACCUCUUCCACAAAGGAACCGUCUUGGCUUGUUGCAGGAACCAACAAGACGGCAGUGGUGAUGGAUAUGGUGACCAAUCAAGUCGUCCGAAAGUUGCAAGGGCAAUUGGGAAGAGUCAAUGUUGUCGAGUGCACGGAUCAUGGACAAGUAUUGUUGACAGGAUCCUACGAUGGAUCCGUAUAUUUGUGGGAUGGUCGAGCCAUUAAUAACCACAAACCAGUCCAAAUAUUACACGAGGCCAAAGAUAGUAUCAUGGAUAUUCUACUAGAGCCACAGCAUGUCAUUCGAACGGGUUCCAUUGAUGGGACCAUGCGGAGUUAUGAUAUGCGCUAUGGCCAAUUGACCAACGAUGCCAUGGGUGGGCCUAUUGUGUCCAUGGCCAAGACCAAGAGUGGGAGCGAGAAUGCUUGUCUGGCAGUAUCCUGUAUGGAAGAUUCCACGAUACGGCUUGUCGAUAUUGGAAGUGGAGAUUUGGUCAAUACAUAUGAAGGCCAUCACAAGGCGUCACAAUUCAAGGUGGAGGUGGAUGUAUUAGCAAAUGAUAAAUGUGUGGUCACUGGCUCCGAGGAUGGUUCCUGCAUUCUCUACGAUUUUGUUCGAGCUACCAAACUACAGUCAUUUUCAAGUCGCAACAAUAGCAAUAAACACAAUCCCGUGUCUUCGGUACAUGCACAUCCAACACGAUCGUCCUGCUUGCUCACGGCGACCUUUGAUGGGGAAGCGACGUUAUGGUCGAAUGAAUACUAA